AUGUUUCGAAGUCUUGUUCGCUUGCAGGGCAAGGACGUGCGCUUUGGUGAGGAGGCUCGCCGCUUGAUACAGAAGGGUGUGUCGCGCGCUGUGGCUGCUGUUGCCGUCACGCUCGGGCCCAAGGGUCGUAAUGUCAUCAUCGAGCAGGCGUAUGGUUCACCCAAGAUCACGAAGGAUGGUGUGACGGUAGCCAAGGCGGUCGAGUUCAAGGAUUCCUUUGAGAACAUGGGAGCACAGCUUGUCAAGCAGGUGUGUAACAAGACGAACGACCUUGCUGGCGAUGGUACGACGACGUCGGCUGUGCUUGUAGACAGCAUCUUCAGCGAGGGGAUGAGACACAUUUCCCGUGGAACGAACCCAAUUGAUAUGAAGCGUGGGAUGGAUAAAGCCUUGGAGAGGAUUCUGAAGAGUGUGGAGCAGCAGAGCCGCCCUGUCAAUGGCACGGAGGACAUUGUACGUGUCGCGACGAUAUCCGCGAACGGCGACACCGUGAUCGGCUCGCUGAUCGGGGAGGCCAUGGAGAGGGUUGGCCGCGACGGCGUGAUCACGUGUCAGGACGGCAAGACGAUGUCGACAGAGCUGGAUGUUGUGGAGGGGAUGAGCAUCGACCGCGGGUAUCUGAGCCCAUACUUUUUGACUGACGCAAAGACUCAGAAGGCAGAACUCGAGGAUGCGUUGGUCCUAUUGAGCUGCAACAAGAUCCAAAAUAUCCACACACUGUUACCAGUACUUAACCACGUUGUACGUACCGGCCGCGCGCUUCUGAUCAUUGCGGAUGAUGUGGAGAGUGAGGCACUGACAACCAUUAUAUUCAACAAACUUCAGGGCAAGCUAAAGGUGUGCUGCAUAAAGGCGCCUGGGUUUGGUGACAACAAGACGGCGAUGCUGCAGGACAUAUCCAUUUUCUGUGGCGCACAGCUUGUAGGGGACGAGGGCACUGGACUGGAGCUGAAUGCUGAAAACUUCGACCCGUCGAUCCUUGGCAGCGUUAAGAAAGUCACGGUGACAAAGGACAACACAGUAAUGCUGAACGGCGGCGGCGACGCAGCUGCGGUGAAGGAUCGCGUCGAGCUGUUGCGCGAUCUCAUUGCCAACGAGACGAGCGAAUACAACUGCGAAAAGAUAAAGGAGCGUCUGGCGAAGCUGAGCGGCGGUGUGGCUGUGAUCAAGGUCGGCGGCUGCUCCGAGGUGGAGGUGAAUGAGAGGAAGGACCGGAUUGAGGAUUCACUGUGCUCGACACGCGCUGCUGUUCUCGAUGGAAUUAUAGCUGGCGGGGGCAUGACCCUACUGCGAGCUGGCGCUGAGCUUGAGAGCUUGGAAAAUGACGAGUCGCUGACGCGUGACCAGCGCACUGGCGUGCAGAUUAUUCGUAACGCGGUCCGCCUGCCUGCAAUGACCCUUGUGGCGAACGCGGGUAAGGAAGGCGCCGUGAUCGUGGAUAAGAUCCUCGAGAACAAGGACACCUCUGUUGGUUACGAUGUGCUCAAUGAUCGCUUUGUGAAUAUGUUUGAGGCCGGCAUAGUCGAUCCCACCCGUGUCGUGCGUGUGGCCAUUACGGACGCCACUUCAGUGGCCGGCAUGAUGAUGACUGCGGAAGCCGCUAUUGUGGAUCUGCCCAAGACAGAGACUGCACCUCCGAUGGGAGGUAUGGGAGGUAUGGGAGGUAUGGGUGGCAUGGGCGGCAUGGGCGGUAUGGGGUUUUAA